AUGAUUCUUUCCCCAUGACAUCUUAACAAUGUUGUAAAACUUAUUGCAUACAAUAUUUUCUCAUUUACUCUCGUUUUCAUUGUGUGCAAAAUAAAGGUGCAGAUUUAGCCAAAUAGUGUUUUAGAGGAACGCCUUUGAGCUUCAGGGUUUGGUUUCUCUUUCUCUCUCUCAUAUAUGCUUGUUUGAAUUGUCUCCUACGUUAAUUUCAACUCUCCCCCCCCCUGUUUCUUUCCUUUCAUUGAAGCUUCUUCAAUGCAAUCAGAUAAAAAAAAUUAAAAAAAUGUAAGUUUUAAUUGAUUUAAUCUCGAAAGGUACGAGAUUUAAGGGUUUACCCUUCAUACCCAGAAACACUGUGCUUUCUCAGGUUUGAGAAUUCGAUUGUUGCAUUUAUCAUUUUAGGUUCUAUUGGGUUAUGUGAAAUCGGGCAAUUUUAUAUUGUGAAGUAUCAAAUUUAAGAUAUCUUGGUUUUGAGUUGUGGCACAUAUAUACAAUUCCAUUGCUAGUUUUAGUUAGGGUUUUUGAGGCUGGAGACCAUUGCCUUUUUUGGUCUCUUUAUGCUUCUUUAGUUGUUUUAUGAAUUGGGUAUUUGAGUUUGAAGGGCGUAUGUACUUUAGUUCCAUGUGCACUUACCGGUUAUAAGGUUUUGUUGCUUUGAGGUUCGAAGGAUUUCGGUAUUUGGAGUCCUUAUUAGAUUGAUCAAGACAUGACCCGUCGACUACGUCGCAAGGUGGCGAAGAAAGGGAAGGACGAUGCUGUUUCGAUAAGUUUUCUUGAGAUUGAAGUUGAGGAAUUAGGUCUCGAGAGAAAUGACGCUGUUGAUUGGACAAACAUGCCUGAUGAUACAGUGAUUCAAUUGUUUUCGUGUCUGAAUUAUCGUGAUAGGGCAAGCUUGUCAUCAACCUGUAAGACAUGGAGGGCUUUGGGAGGUUCGCAGUGUUUAUGGAGUUCAUUGGAUCUCCGUGCUCAUAAAUUUGAUACUGCAACGGCUACUGUACUUGCUUCUAGGUGUGUGAAACUUCAAAAGCUUAGGUUUCGUGGGGCAGAGUCUGCUGGUGCAAUAAUUAAUCUUCAAGCUAAGAAUUUGCAUGAAAUAAGCGGUGAUUACUGCAGGAAAAUAACCGAUGCUACUCUAUCUGUAAUUGUUGCUCGACAUGAGGCUUUGGAAAGUCUUCAGCUUGGGCCUGACUUUUGUGAAAGGAUCACUGGAGAUGCUAUAAAAGCAACAGCACUUUGCUGUCCCAGAUUGAAGAAACUUCGGUUGUCUGGAAUAAAGGAUGUUUAUGCUGAUGCAAUCAAUGCUUUGGCUAAGCACUGUCCAAAUCUAGUUGAUAUUGGGUUCCUUGAUUGUCUAAAUGUUGAUGAGGCUGCAUUGGGAAAUGUUUUAUCUGUUCGUUUUCUCACUGUUGCAGGGACGUUAAAUAUGAAAUGGGAUUUGGUUUCGCAUUUGUGGCACAAGCUACCUAAAUUGAUUGGGUUGGAUGUUUCUAGAACUGAUAUCAGUUCAGAUGUUGUAUCUAGAUUGUUAUCCUCAUCCCAGAGCUUGAAGAUUUUGUGUGCUUUAAAUUGUACGGUUCUUGAACAGGACCCUAGCAUUAGCACCACCAAAACCAAUGGCAAAGUGUUGCUUUCCCUUUUUUCAGAUAUUUUAAAGGAACUAUCUUCUUUAUUUUCCGAAACUUCAAUCAAAGGGAGGAAUUUGUUUUUGGAUUGGAGGUGCUCGAAGAACAGAGAUAAAAACUUGAAUGAGAUCAUGACCUGGCUUGAGUGGAUCUUAUCUCACUCACUUUUGCGUAUUGCUGAGAGCAACCCACAAGGACUAGAUGAUUUCUGGCUUAAGCAAGGGGCAACAUUGUUGCUCAGCUUAAUGCAAAGCUCACAAGAGGAUGUUCAAGAAAGGGCGGCCACAGGACUAGCAACGUUUGUUGUUAUUGAUGAUGAAAAUGCAAGUAUAGAUCGUGGAAGAGCUGAGGCAGUCAUGCAAGAUGGUGGCAUCCGACUUCUUCUGAACCUAGCCAAAUCUUGGCGUGAAGGACUUCAAUCAGAGGCUGCAAAGGCUCUAGCGAACUUGUCUGUCAAUGCCAAUGUUGCUACAGCUGUAGCUGAAGAAGGAGGAAUUAAUAUCCUCGCUGGGUUGGCGAGGUCCAUGAACAAGCUGGUUGCUGAGGAGGCAGCUGGAGGGCUAUGGAACCUUUCUGUAGGGGAAGAGCACAAGGCUGCAAUUGCUGAGGCUGGUGGUGUCAAAGCUUUGGUUGACCUUAUAUUCAAAUGGUCCUCUGGCGGUGAUGGAGUUGUUGAACGUGCUGCUGGCGCCUUGGCAAAUUUGGCAGCUGAUGAUAAAUGUAGUAUAGAAGUUGCAGUUGCAGGUGGUGUGCAUGCACUGGUGAUGCUUGCCCGUAAUUGCAAGUUUGAAGGAGUGCAAGAACAGGCCGCUCGUGCCUUGGCAAAUUUGGCUUCUCAUGGUGAUAGCAACAGUAACAAUGCUGCUGUAGGACAUGAGGCUGGUGCUCUUGAAGCACUAGUUCAACUUACACGUUCUCCUCAUGAAGGUGUCAGGCAAGAAGCUUCAGGUGCAUUGUGGAAUUUGUCAUUUGAUGACAGAAAUCGAGAAGCAAUUGCGGCUGCUGGUGGUGUUGAGGCAUUGGUUACUCUUGCCCAGUCCUGUUCAAAUGCUUCCCCUGGUCUUCAAGAGAGGGCAGCUGGUGCUCUUUGGGGAUUGUCUGUGUCAGAAGCCAACAGCAUUGCUAUUGGACGAGGAGGAGGUGUUGCUCCCCUGAUUGCACUUGCCCGCGCUGAAGCUGAAGAUGUUCAUGAAACUGCGGCAGGGGCUCUUUGGAACCUUGCUUUUAACCAUGGCAAUGCUCUUCGGAUAGUGGAAGAAGGUGGGGUUCCUGCACUUGUUCAUCUUUGUUCUUCAUCGUUAUCCAAAAUGGCACGCUUCAUGGCUGCAUUGGCGCUGGCAUACAUGUUUGAUGGGAGCAGAAUUGAUGAGUUUGCGUCAAUGAGUUCAUCAUCAGAAAGCACUUCGAAGAGUGUGAGCUUGGAUGGGGCCCGAAGAACGGCUUUGAAGCAUAUUGAAGCUUUUAUCCGUACAUUCUACAAUCCACAAGCAUUCGCCGCAGCUGCUGCUUCAUCCGCUCCGGCAGCCUUGGCACAAGUAACCAAAAAGGCUCAUAUUCAAGAAGCGGGGCACCUGAGAUGCAGCGGGGCUGAAAUUGGAAGAUUCAUCUCGAUGCUUCGAAACUCUUCUUCAAUACUCAAGGCAUGUGCAGCAUUUGCUCUACUCCAGUUCACCAUUCCCGGUGGUCGACACGCCGUGCACCAUGCUAGCCUUAUGCAGGGUGGUGGAGCAGCAAGGGUUCUGCGAGCAGUAGCCGCAGCGGCGACGUCCCCAAUCGAGGCUAAAAUCUUUGCGAGAAUUGUGCUUAGAAACUUGGAGCUUCACCAAGUAGAGACAUCCAUCUAAAUUCAGGAACCAACUUAAUUUAUUAGUCAACUCAAGAGUUUCAUUAGUUUAUAAAUUACAUUUCUAAGGUCUCUCUCUCUCUCUCUCUCUAUAACCUUUCGAACGUAAGAACUAUCAGAACAAA